GUGUUUCCAUUUCUUCUAAACUUUGUUAGACUUCACAUUUUAUAGAUUCAUAUGCUCCGAGCAGAAAAACGUAAUAAAACCUCACAAUAGUGUUUUUAAGAUAGAAGAUCAAGCUGAAAAAUCACAUCAUGAGCACUGAAUGUGCAAGUUUUCUAGAAGGUGCAGGUUUAUCACUUCUACAUCUUUUAAGAUUGUUCUUACUUGUUCGUCUCAGUUUUCUCAAGAAUAUUAAUCAACAUUUUCAAACUUUGAGCAUGCGUUACUUAAAUCCUAAAGAUUAUUUUCAUAGGAGCAUAUUCAUGCAAAGAAAACAAAGACAUGUUGUGUCUUUACUGACUGCUCCCUUCAACUCUACGAUGCUCUCAGAAACUCUGAGUUUCAUUUAAAAAAAGAGCAUAUUUCAUGAAAUCUUAGCAGUGUGUAUAGAGCUGCUGCAUUUUUUAUAAACCCUUAGAGACAACAAAGUUGCCCUGCCAAAUACAGCUAAACACAGACGCUCAGGAGUCCACUGAAGGCCUCUAAAACCACACGACCCACUCCCGUUCCAUCUUAGAUCCACGCUGGAAGAGGGAGCGUUUAGGGAAACAAGGAAACCACAGUGCCGGGCACAACCCCUUCGGUUCAACUCAGAAAUGUGAUGACUUUUUUUCUUUGUUUCCUGUUUCUUCUUGUGACCAAAAUUUAAAGUCUCCCAGUUGUCUGCGCUGUUUUUAUUAACUAUCUAGAGGAAAUUAGAGAAACAACAAUAUUUUUUCUGUUUCUUAAAUGCUGGUAAACAGGAUAUUGUGGCUGGUCACUAAACAUUCAGCUUGUCUCUCUUUCUGUUUUGACUCUGACAACAUGGUUCCUUCGCCGUGAGGGAACACGAGCAACAACAGGACAACGCGUUGUCCAUACAAUGUACUGCCUGGUAACCUCUGUGCGUCUCCUGUCCUUCGUCCUGCCAGGCGACACAUCCCAACAUGCGGACGUACUAUUUUUGCUCGGACACAGCUAAAGAGAUGGAGUCGUGGAUGAAAGUAAUGACAGACGCUGCACUUGUGCAUUCAGAGCCAGUCAAAAGACUGGACAGGUUAAAAGUGGAGCAGUGUGGACCACAAGAAAUCCGUCACAUUACCAACCACAAGCUGCCACUCACACAGCCUGAAAUCCAGAACAAUGAACGCAACCUGGAGGUGGACCGCGAACGCAGCACAACAGUAACCCCCACCAUGAAGGAAGAAGACAGAAAGCAGCGUGACGCUGAGCGCUACGGCUUUGACAAGGAUGGGACGGAGCAGGGACGUCCCCUCACCAAGAUCAAUAGUAUCAAACUACAGUCGGCCCAGGCAGCAUCUGUUAAGGCUAACGUGACCUCACCGCAGCCUUUGGCAGAGAAUGAGAGGACUCACCAAAUCCCACAGGUGAACGGAUCAGGAGAGCAGUCUCCUGCUAACGGGACCGGGAUUCCUGUUCAGCCGAGUCCCACUCAGGAGCCGGAGCGCAGCCUGAGUAGAACGAGCUCCAUGCAGCAGCUGGAGCACUGGGUUCGCACGCAGAGAGGACGUAACCAGGACGACGAUACCAGGAGCAUCACAUCAUACCAGACGCUGCCUAGAAACAUGCCAAGCCAUCGGGUACCCUACAUGCCUCAUUAUGGAGACAGCUACCGCAGCAUGCCCAGAAAUAGCAUGGCCCAGCGGGACAGCAUCUGCAGCAUGUCGCCGUCUUUGUACGACCAAGCCCUGGGUCCAACCAUGGCCGAGAAGCGCCGCUCCAUGCGGGACGACACCAUGUGGCAGCUAUACGAGUGGCAGCAAAGACAGGCCUACGGCAGGCAGUCGGGGCUCUACAGCAAUAUGGCCAGUCCCCAUACCAUGAUGAACUUAUCAGAGCAUGCUGCGCCGAGCCUCUCCAUCCCCCCAUCGCCGUCCCACGGCUCCCUGUCCAUGUAUGGUGCCUACUCGCCAUUGAGAUCCUACAACAUGGCCAACGCCCGUUCAGAGUUCUCCUCCCCCGUCUACAGACGAGAGUCCAGCCUUGGUAGACGGAGCAGGCCACAAGUCAACCAGUAUGCUUACCCUCCUGAUCGGAGGUCCAUGCCUGCAGGGAUCCCGAUCCAGACCAUCACUGCCCAGUCUCUUCAAAGCAAAACUCCCGAGGAACUUACUUUGCUGCUGAUUAAGCUGCGGCGGCAGCAGGCAGAGCUAAACAGUAUCCGGGAGCACACUGUAGCGCAGCUUAUGCAACUAAACAUGGAUGGCGACAACCCAAAGAACGACAUUCUCUCCCAUCACCUCCAAAGGAACCUCAUGUAUUUGGACAAUCAGAUGAAGGAAAAUGGCCCUUUAAUCAUCAUGACUCACAAAUUGAUUGAGAACUCUGCUCCGAGGCCUCAACUUUACCAGCAACUGAGUCCAGAAGACUACAGAGACCAAGUCUACACAUGUGUGCCAGAGGAGGUGGAUAUUGAUACUAAACUUAGCAGGUUGUGUGAGCAUGAUAAGGUGGUGAGGACACACGAGGAGAAACUUCAGCAGCUGUACAGAGAAAAGCACACUCUGGAGACCGCACUCCUGUCGGCCAGCCAGGAGAUCGAGCUGGGUGCUGACGACCCGGCUGCCAUGCAGAGUGUCCUUCAGCAGAGGGACUUACUGCAGAGCGGCCUCCUCAGCACCUGCAGAGAGCUGUCCAGAAUCACUGCUGAGUUGGAGCGCUCAUCCAGGGAAUACGACAGGCUGGAAGGAGAUGUGACUGUAGCUAAGAACAGAUUGUUGGAGCAGCUAGAAGCACUGGGAAGCCCACAGACGGAGCCUCCGAGUCAGCAGCAUGUCCGCAUCCAGAAGGAGCUCUGGAGGAUUCAAGAUGUGCUGGAGGCCCUCAGUAAGCACAAAGCCCAGAGGAGUGCUGUGGAUGGGAUGACUUUCUAUGGACCCAAAACCAACUUCAGCAAGCACAAAACUGAGGAGGAGGACUCUGCACCCCCGCGGCCACCCCUUCCCAAUUCCUACGAGCCCAAUCCCCCCACCCUGCCCCCCCUGCCCUCUCAGGCCGGUGUGCGCCCCCCGUCGCUCCACAGGCCGGAGGACAGGAAGGCCAAUCACAGGAAUAGCACGCACAGCGCUCCCGACUACAGGUUGUAUAAAAGUGAACCAGAGCUGACCACAGUGACCGAGGUGGAUGAGAGCAAUGGAGAGGACAGAUCUGAACACCCAUCUGAUAGAGAGCAUGCUGGAAACAAAGGCAUGUCCUAUCCAGUCGGCAUCGUUCCACCCAGAACCAAGUCUCCGGUGCCUGAAUCUUCCUCUAUAGCAUCAUAUGUAACGUUAAGGAAGAGCAGGAAGCCUGACCUCAGGACGGAGCGUCCACGCAGUGCAGUGGAGCAGCAGCUGUCUCCUGCAGAGGGCGGCCGGCCCAGAAUGAGCGUAGAGGAGCAGAUGGAGAGGAUCCGACGCCACCAGCAAGGUUCCCUCAGGGAGAAGAAAAAAGCCCUCAAUGUCCGGGGUGGCAGCCAGGAGAACACUCCCUCUCGCAGUCACUCCUUCACUAAUCAUUUCCGCGGCAUGCAGUCUCAAAUGAGACGCAGAGAUGAGCUGAUGAGCAGUGACAUCCAGGAGCUGGAGGCCUCUCUGAAGCACCAGGAAGUGGCGAGGGAGACGCCCGCUGAGGAGAUCGCUCGUCUCAAAGAAUCCUUACAGGCUGAUCAUUUUAAUCUGGACCGAGAGCUCUCUGUUCCUGACAAAGUGCUGAUUCCUGAACGUUAUAUAGAAUCAGACCCUGAGGAACCACUGAGUCCUGAGCAGGAGGCCGAUAAGCGGAAGAAAGUGGACCGCAUCAAAGCCCUUAUAGCAAAAAACAGCUUGCCAAAUGUGCUACCUAGUUUAGCUUUAAGCCCAGAGGAUGAGAACGAAGAGGUGGUUACCAUCCAGGAGAAAGAGAAGAUGAUUAAUAUCUCCUAUGAGAUAGCAGCAGAGGCCUCCAAACGCAGCAAGCUGGUAGCAGUGAGAAGCCUGUCGUCCUCCUCCUCCCCACAGUCUCCCAGCACACCCCCUCAGCUCACUGAUGGCUCUCAUUUCAUCUCAGGCUCUGGCCUCGGUGAGGACCUACACAUGAAGGAACAGCAGGGAAGACCUGAAGCUCCUCCUGGAGACGUCCAUCCAGGAGGGCAGCACAAGGCCUUGGCCUACAGGAAGUGAAACUGCCUACUUCUUCACAGGGCUUAACCUCUGAUUUCUGUACGCUCACUGUGACAUCUAAAGCUCUGGUGCCAACUUUUUAUUUAGUUGGCAUUUCUUUUUUUUUUUUUUUUUUUUGAAGGCCUCACCUUGGAUGCAACUCUCCCCUCAACUCUUAUCCUUCUGUCACUGGUGCGGAUUGGGUUUUUCAAAGUUUUAUUUUUUGUAAGGUUUUAUUAGGUUCUUGUUGGAAUGUGUGCUGAUGUACAUACAGAGACUGAAAGACUGACCUCUUGUUGGCUUGUGGCUGAAUCUUUUAGUCACGUUUUCCAGUCGUAUUUCCACACUUGUUCAAUAAACAUUUUAAGAUAUAUCAGCAAUAUAUGAGCUUUCCCAGAUCUUUUAAUAUUUAAUUCAGCUUGUUUCUCGAGUAUGAAAAAUGAAUUAACCUGAUGUAUUUAUCCUUUUAUUGUAAAGAAAAUUUGUCUAUAACAGAAUUAGUAAGAAAUAUACAUUAGACCCUUCCAUUAUAAGAAAGGAAGAGCCACAUUACUGGUUGUAUGUUCUUAUUUCUGGUUACAGUUAUUUAAAAAUAAGAUCCUAUAUCAUUUAUACAUUGCUGCCUAUGUAUAUAUAUAUAUAUAUAUAUAUAUAUAUAUAUAUAUAUAUAUAUAUAUAUAUAUAUAUAUAUAUUAUUACUGCAUACAUGAAUGUCUUGACUUGAGUCACUCUUCACUGUCCUUUUCUUACUGACUGAAUAAUAUAUAUUUGACUUGAGAGAAGGAACACUUGUCAAAGCUUGAUACUGUUGUUGGUUUAAAGCCCUGGAACUAAAUAAAUAGGAUUUGCAUGUGUAAAAAGCAAUAACACAAAGCCUUUGUAAAGAUAUUUUUGUGUGUGUGUGUGUACAAAGUGUAAUUAUCAGAGGUUUACUGUGUAUAUAAUGUACAUGGUACAUCUGGAUAGGAGGAUAUGUCCAGCGUAUAAUUACAUACCAGGUUUUGGUUUGCAAAUGUUCAUAUCCCACCUGUUUUAUAUCAUGUUAAAUAAAUGUUGCCGGUUUUUAA